AUGAGGGUGCUCUGUGUGGCUGAGAAGCCCUCCAUCUCCAAGGCCGUUGCUGGGAUUCUCUCUGGUGGUUCUCACACCACACACAAUACCCGAAACAAAUUCAUCAAAAACUACUCCUUCGAUUUUGACUUUGGCCAGCGAUGGGGCAAAUGCUCCGUCACCAUGACAUGUGUCACCGGGCACUUGACCAACGUCGACUUUUCUCCAGAGUACAAGAAUUGGAGCCAUCCACCGCCAGAGGCACUCUUUAAUGCGCCCAUCGUUACUAGUGACAAGAAAUCGAUUGCCCAGAACAUAGAGUCCCAAGCGAAAUUUGCCAGACUGCUUGUCAUAUGGACCGAUUGCGAUCGUGAAGGAGAGCAUAUCGGUCAUGAGAUUGUCGAAGCUGCUCGAAAGGGCAAGCCGGACAUUGAGGUCAAACGUGCGAGAUUCAGCAAUGUGGAACGAGCCCAUGUUCUCUCGGCAGCCAGGAGCCUGGCAGAAUUGGAUGAGAAGCAAGUCAAUGCCGUUGCUACAAGAAUCGAGCUCGAUCUUCGCAUUGGAUAUGCCUUUACACGAUUCAUCACAAACAAUCUCAGACCCCUAGGCGGACCCAUGGAAAAGUUGACACUAAGUUACGGAUCGUGCCAGUUCCCAACCCUUGGCUUCGUCGUGGACCGUUACUUUCGAGUCAAGAACUUUGUACCGGAGCCGUUCUGGAGCAUCAAAGUCAUGCACAACAGGGAGGGGAAGAAGGUCGAGUUCUCCUGGUUGCGCAACCGACUUUUUGAUCGAAUGUCAACGGUGAUUCUUUAUGAACGCUGCCUUGCGGCCAAAACGGCGACUGUCACCAAGGUCCAGGAAAAGCCUACGCGCAAGUUCAAGCCUCUGCCUCUCACGACCGUUGAACUACAAAAGGCUGCAACAAGGCUCCUCCGUAUGAGUGGACAGCAAGCCAUGACUAUCGCCGAAGGACUCUACAACAAGGGUUUCAUCAGCUACCCUCGAACCGAAACUGACCGUUUUGAUAGAGGAAUGAAUCUUAGAGCUCUUGUUCAAAAGCAGACCCCCGAUGAGAGAUGGGGUACUUUUGCACAGGGUCUCGCCAAUGGUGCAUUUCAACAACCGAGAGAAGGACGACACGACGACAAAGCUCAUCCUCCUAUUCACCCUAUCACAUACGCGGCGCCGUCCGUCUUGAGUUUCGACGAGGGCCGGUUAUACGAGUAUGUUGUUCGCCGGUUCCUUGCCUGUUGCUCGGACGAUGCCAAAGGUAUGGCAACCGAUAUCGAGCUUGAAUACGGAGAGGAGCGUUUCAAUGCCCACGGCGUCAUCGUUCUAGAGAGGAACUAUCUUGAGGUCUUUAUUUACGAGAAGUGGAACAACUCAGCAGAGCUCCCCAAGUUCACCGAAGGGGAGCGCUUCCAGCCAACCGAGGCCAUGGUCACAGAAGGAAAAACAACGGCGCCCAACUACCUUACCGAAGCCGAUUUAAUCGCUCUCAUGGAUGCCAAUGGGAUCGGCACGGAUGCAACCAUGGCAGAGCACAUUCAGAAGAUCCAAGACAGGGAAUAUGUUGUUACGAUUGAGCGAGCAGGCCAGGCACCGGCAGAUGACGAGGAGCCGGACGCAGCUCCGGCUGCAAGAGGAGGACGUGGACGUGGCCGAGGUGGCCGAGGACGCGGAGGGCGUGGCGGGGCAGCUUCUUCUGGUGGGCGAAGAGGUAUCAAGGUGUUCGUUCCCACCCAACUUGGUGUGGCAUUGAUUCUGGGGUUUGAUCGAAUGAACUUCGAGACGAGUCUCGGCAAGCCCUUUCUCCGCAAAGAGAUGGAACUCAAGAUGAAAGCUAUCUGUGAAGGUCGUACGAGCAGGGAAGUUGUGCUGCGGGAGAGCAUUGCUCAGUACCGCCAUGUGUUUAUGCAGUCGCAGGAGAAGCUAGGGGUUCUGCGAACGGCGUGCCGCGAAUUCGUCUUUGCUACAUGA